AUGGUCACAAUGCUGUCAAGCAGCAUCAUCGAGCUCACACUGCUCAUGGCCCGCCUGCCCAUCUUCUUCCUCCAACGGGACAACCUUCUCUUCCCCGCCUGGGCUUGGUCUGUUCCCAUGGCGCUGCUCUCUCUGCCCGUCUCCCUCUGGUCCGCUGGACGUCCAUCACCUACUACGGCAUCGGCUUCGCCCCCGAAUUCUCCCGGUAAGUAUAGCUUCAUCUCACAGCUGCUGCUCUUCUUUGUCACGCACAUGGCCGGCUCUGCGCUCUACCGAGCCGUAGCGACGGUCUUGCGAAGCACGACGGUGAUCAACACUCUUGGGAACUUCAUCAUCGUGCUGCUCUUCCUGCUCUCCGGCUUCAUCGUGCGUGCUUGUGAGGUGCGUGCUUGUGAGGUGCGUGCUUGUGAGGUGCAUGCUUGUGCGGUGCGUGCUUGUGAGGUGCGUGCUUGUGAGGUGCGUGCUCGUGAGGUGUGUGCUUGUGAGGUGUGUGCUUGCGAGGUGCGUGCUUGUGAGGUGCGUGCUUGUGAGGUGCGUGCUUGUGAGGUGCGUGCUUGUGAGAUGUGUGCUUGUGAGGUGCGUGCUUGUGAGGUGCGUGCUUGUGAGGUGCGUGCUUGUGAGGUGCGUGCUUGUGAGGUGCAUGCUUGUGAGGUGUGUGCUUGUAAGGUGUGUGCUUGUGAGGUGCGUGCUUGCGAGGUGCGUGCUUGUGAGGUGCGUGCUUGUGAGGUGCGUGCUUGUGAGGUGCGUGCUUGUGAGAUGCGUGCUUGUGAGGUGCGUGCUUGUGAGGUGCGUGCUUGUGAGGUGCGUGCUUGUGCGGUGCGUGCUUGUGCGGUGCGUGCUUGUGAGGUGUGUGCUUGUGAGGUGUGUGCUUGUGAGGUGUGUGCUUGUGCGGUGCGUGCUUGUGAGGUGUGUGCUUGUGAGGUGCGUGCUUGUGAGGUGUGUGCUUGUGAGGUGGGUGAUUCUGACAUCCAUGGCGUGUGGGAGUGGGUGUAUUGGAUCUCGUCCCUCACCUAUUGCCAGAACGCCUUUUCUGCUAAUGAGUUCCUCGCCCCCCGAUGGGAUGUGGUAUGUGCUGUGCUGUGCCCUGGUACUAUAUGGGCCCAGCCAGUGAUCUCCCAGCAUCAGCUAGACGCUCGAGAGAUAGCUCUAGGCAGCACCAACCUGGAAUGUUCCUCACGCUCCUCCUCCCUGUGCUCCCUCACGCUCUCCCGCAUCGGCUCCACUGCCAUUGCCCGCUUCCUCGCCACCGACCGCUUCCACUCCCCCAAGAGCCUCGCCAGACCUUCCCUUUCUGCCCGCUCGCUCACAAGCCUUCCUUCGGGCAGCACGAAGGUUCAUCUGCGAGUGAUGUCAGAAGGAGGUCAAGGGGAAGCGGGAGGGGGAGAGCUGGGAAGGGAUGUUGCUGAGAGUACAGCAUGGCAUGUCCUCCCCUUUGAUCCGCUCACUCUCUCCUUCCACUACGUAAACUACUAUGUCGACAUGCCCGCUGAGCUAAAGGACAAGGCCGCGCGGCCCGGCCAGCGGCUGCAACUGCUGCGUAACGUGUCCGGCGUGUUUCGUCCCGGAGUGCUGACCGCCUUGAUGGGGGUGUCGGGGUAUUGUGAGCAGGUGGACAUUCACACGCCCCAGGUGACCGUGCACGAGUCUCUGCUCUACUCCGCCUGGCUGCGCCUACCCGAGGAGAUCGAUAGAGAUGUCAUCCUGCACACUAUCCACCCCUUCAAGCACACUCAUCCAACAAAACUUCCCUCUCUUAUCUCCGCACUCCUCUCUUCCCUCUCUCAUCUCCGCCCUCCUCUCUUCCCUCUCUCAUCUCCGCACUCCUCUCUUCCCUCUCUCAUCUCCGCACUCCUCUCUUCUCUCUCUCAUCUCCACACUCCUCUCUUCCCUCUCUCAUCUCCGCACUCCUCUCUUCCCUCUCUCAUCUCCGCACUCCUCUCUUCCCUCUCCAUCUCCGCACUCCUCUCUUCCCUCUCCAUCUCCGCACUCCUCUCUUCCCUCUCCAUCUCCACACUCCUCUCUUCCCUCUCCAUCUCCGCACUCCUCUCUUCCCUCUCUCAUAUCUGCACUCCUCUCUUCCCUCUCUCAUCUCCGCACUCCUCUCUUCCCUCUCUCAUCUCUGCACUCCUCUCUUCCCUCUCUCAUAUCUGCACUCCUCUCUUCCCUCUCCAUCUCCGCACUCCUCUCUUCCCUCUCCAUCUCCGCACUCCUCUCUUCCCUCUCUCAUCUCUGCACUCCUCUCUUCCCUCUCUCAUCUCCGCACUCCUCUCUUCCCUCUCUCAUCUCCGCACUCCUCUCUUCCCUCUCUCAUAUCCGCACUCCUCUCUUCCCUCUCUCAUCUCCGCACUCCUCUCUUCCCUCUCUCAUCUCCGCACUCCUCUCUUCCCUCUCCAUCUCCGUACUCCUCUCUUCCCUCUCCAUCUCCCAUGUCCCAUCUCCCAUCUCCCAUCUCAAUCCCCUCUCCCUACGCCCCAUGAAAUUCGAGGAGGGGGUGAUGGAGCUGGUGGAGCAAGCACCGAAUUCGUGGAGGAGGUGGAGGACCUGGUGGAGCUAGAGCCGGUAAAGGGAGCUCUGGUGGGGAGGGCGGGGCAGGACGGGCUGUCGGUGGAGCAGAGGAAGCGGCUGACCAUCGCAGUGGAGCUCGUAGCCAACCCCGCCAUCAUCUUCAUGGAUGAACCCACCUCAGGUAAAGUCUUUCUUGCAGGAGGACCUGGUCUAUGUUGGUGA